AAUGCAGUCUAUCUUUGGAGAACUUAAGCAUUUAGAAUGAACCUGCCAGAUACCAUUCUCUUGCAUAUAUUGUACCUGUCACUAGUUUUCUGCCAAGGGCCACCACUUCCGGCUAGUAACCAAGUGUGUUUGAUUGUCCCUCCAGACGUAGAGCAGUGUUAUCGUAACUUCCAAGGAAAACCGAUAGAUGAUAAAGCUGCGCAAGUAAAUUGUUUACAGAAAUUAUUGUGGAAUUUCACACCAGACACGAACAAUACACAAGCAGAGCUUGACUAUUUUCGAAGUCUAGCCGGCAAUAUAGGUGCUUAUACCGCUUCCAGUAUACUGCGGGACGGACCUCCGAGACCCCCGAGCGGGAGGAGGGCUAGACAAGAGUACCGCACACUGACACAGGAAGAAAGAAUCAGAUUUCACGAUGCACUUAACAAGCUUUAUGAGGAUGGAACAAUUAGGGCAUUCGCUCGACUGUAUGCGCAGGCAUUCGGUUCACACCAUAACGGCGCUUCCUUCUUACCCUGGCUUAGAGUGUUUUUAGUCAUGUUUGAAGAAGCUCUCCGUCGUAUAGACCCCAAAGUGGCUCUUCCUUUUUGGGACAGCACAAUGGACAAUGACAUGGAUAACCCUGUCAACUCUGGUCUCUGGACUCCUGAAUACUUUGGAAACGGAAUUGGUGAUGUCACAUCUGGUCCUGCGGCUGGUUGGGUGACAGACCGGGGUAAUUUGGAAAGGAAUUAUGGACAAGCCAGUCGACUGUUUUCAAAAGAUCAGAUUCGUUCUAUCUUGUCAAAAUGUGAACUCCAGCAAAUUUCUCAUCCAACUGCUGAGAUAGGUUACGAUUUUGAGCUGUAUAGUAACGGAGCACAUAUUUGGGUCGGUGGUGAUAUGGCUUCCCCGGCAACUUCAGGGUAUGAUCCGGUUUUCUACAUGCAUCAUGCUUUCGCCGAUUAUAUUUGGGAGCUUUUUCGUCGGCGGCAGUACCGUCGUUGCAGUAUUGACCCAACACAAGAUUACCCAAAUGUACCAGCUGGCAACAGUCACGCACCAGAGUCGCCAAUGACGGGGUUUGAGUGGCUGACAGUGGCAGAUGGUUUGAAAGAUUAUUGGCUAGAUAACUGGUAUUAUUACGAAUCUACGCCAGCUUGUCCUAAUUGUUGUAGAGGAUGUCAAUUUCCGGCGCCAAUCUACUGUCACAGACGAAGGCGGAUCUGUAUCGCACGUUCUCGUCGCACAUUUGCUUUUGGUCCUAGAACAUCGAAUAUAAGUCCAGCAAAGGCAUUUGCACAAGCAAGCCUUGAGCCGGCGGAAAUUGAAGCUCUCUCAGUACCAUCACCACCGCUAAAUAGAGGUAUAUCAUAUCAACAUCCACCAAAUGAUGGCCGUACAAUUCAUACUGCUAUUUCAGAUGCUUUCACGGCGGCCGAUAGAGAAAGAAUUGCCGCGCAGCAAGCCCCAGGUCAGCCAAGUGACCGGGCUAUUGCUGACCGACGUGGAUCUCGUCGUAAUAGAAGCGGUCGUACAAGUAGAAGAACAAUACCUGAGGGUUGGGGCCCUCCGCCUGUGAGAAGAACCGCAGAUAUGACAACUCUUUCUGACGGUCGAAGUACUUUAGAAGAAGGGCGAGUAUUUUCAAACAGUCGAUUUCCUCCAUCCGACCGAGGAACAUCAAAUGGCGCAGUUUCUCAUAUAGAUAGAAGAACAGGAUCCCCUGGUCGCAGUCUAUCUCCAGAUAGAAGAAUUUUACCUGAUCCUCGGGGAUCAACACCAGCUAGACGGACUUCUGUUGAAUCUGUAGGGUCUCAGACACAGAGGAGAACAUUUUCUGGUGGACGGCGACGUUCACAAGAUAGAAGGUUAUCACCAGACAGCCAAAUUUCUCGAGUCAGUGAGAGUGACACACUAAUACGCGGUCGCGGACAAAUGUUAGGAAGGUUAGCUUCUUUCGCUGAUACACGGGAUCUGAGACAAUCAAGUGGUGUAUCGUCGAACACCGAUAGAAGUCAAGCAUCAACUCGGAGAUUAGCUAGUCGGAUAUUGCCUACCGGACGAAGACUUUCGCCCCCAGUGAAUCUGAUAUCUCCAGAAUCGAGAGCAUUUUCUACGGGAGGCCAAACACCGAUAUUAGACAUGAGAUCUAUUAAGGUAGCCGUGCCUAGUCCUAGAAAUAGAGGUCCAGUGUUCGACGUUCCACUGUAAAACCCAUCCACUGUAAUCAAAGUAUGGAAGUCACGUGAUGGCUUUCGAAGUGCGUAUGACAGUUAUGGAACUGAGAAGCAUAUGAUAGUUGUAGAUCUCACAAGUAACAUACACGUUGUCUUAUCGCUAGAUACAUGUAGAUUAGAGAGAAUGGAUGAUUACAUAUAUGAAUAUGCUAAAAUGAUGAAAUUUUAUCCUAUGCUUUACUUACACUUGAACCAUUGCCAUGAAAGAAUCUUUGUUUUGUAUCUCAAAUGUAAAAAUGUACUAUGAUAUAACAAUGUGUGGUAAUUACAUUGUGUCUGGCCUACAUAACAACUCGACGAACUGCGGGUAACUACAUUGUUUCUGUCCAACAUAGCGGUCCCAAACAACUAAAAGACAAACAGUGUGGUAACUACAUUGUAUCUGUACAUAAGAACUAUGGUUAAACUCUUGUUGAUAAGUCAUUUCAUUAAAAUGUCAAUUUUCAAGGUAAA